AUGAAAGUGAAGAGGGAGUCUAUGAGGUGUGUGCGAGGCUUGGAGAAGAGGAGUUCUCCAUUUUUCAUGUCUGUCCGUGUUGUGUCUCAUUUCAUUUCCCAAUCACCCAUGCCAGCAUUUCAUUCCAUUCCUUCUGCGUCUUCCCUCCCAUCAUCAUCACUCAUUCCAUUACCCUCUGUAUGCGGGGCUCACCAGGCCGCUAAUCCUGGCAGAAUGAAUGAAUGCGGGGCUCACCAGGCCGCUAAUCCUGGCAGAAUGAAUGAAUGCGGGGCUCACCAGGCCGCUAAUCCUGGCAGAAUGAAUGAAUGCGGGGCUCACCAGGCCGCUAAUCCUGGCAGAAUAAAUGAAUGCGGGGCUCACCAGGCCGCUAAUCCUGGCAGAAUGAAUGAAUGCGGGGCUCACCAGGCCGCUAAUCCUGGCAGAAUAAAUGAAUGCGGGGCUCACCAGGCCGCUAAUCCUGGCAGAAUGAAUGAACAUUAUGAUAACAAUUAUAAGACAUAUAGUAAAUGUAUGAUGAACGAAUGCGGGGCUCACCAGGCCGCUAAUCCUGGCAGAAUUAAUGAACAUAAUGAAGACAAUGAAAUUGAUGAUGACAUACUGAAUGAAGUUGAGCAAGCAAUGAUCAUGAGCAAAGAAACUGAACAAAGAUAUGAGCAAACAGCUGAGCAAAGUGAUGAAGCAGUGAUUAUGUCAGUGCAGAAGAAUGAGUGUAUUGUGCAAUAUGCAGUAGAGAAUAUCACAGUUGAAAUGAGUGCAGAAGGUUAUGUUAAAUGGAAUAAGGUUAAAGAGAAGUGCGAUGAUAUAGAGGCAAAAGGUGAUGCUAUUGAUGAAGAGAAGACCCAAAAUGGUGGUAUGAAGCAUGAGGAAGAUAAUCUUGACAAAGACAUGAAAGAAAAGUGUACAAAGAUAAUGGCAAGAAAGUUGAAAAAGGUCAAGAAUGCAAGUGGCGACUUGAGACUGAAGGUAAAAGAAAUGAGGAGAAAAAGACUGUUGAAGUUGACCAAGAGAAGAGUUCAUAAUCAGAGAGAUGACAAUGUAUUUGAGAUGACUAUUGAGGAGAUAUGCACUAUAGAUGAUGUAGUUCCGCAGACGUGUAUUGGAACAUGUGCACAACAUAGCAACUGGGAUGAUGAGACAAAUGAUUUUGAAAUUACAGGUGUAUCUGUGUGGUUUGAUGAUGAGCCUAAGCAUUACAUGGAUAGUAGAUCUUGCAGUAGUAGUAGACUGGGGAAUGAGCAUGUGGACAAGACUGGUCAGAGUACAGCAAAAGAGGUUGGAGGAAUUGGUUCUGAAGCAAAGGUUGAUCCUUGUGGCUUGUCAACUAGUUGUUCAAGAGAUGUCACAGAUAGUUUUCACAUGAUAAAUGACACUAAUGAAUGUGAUGAGACUAGUGAUGUUGAAAUCAAAGAAGUGAUUCAGUUGCACAAUUUUCAUUUUGCCCCACUGACACAUGCAAAGAAGAAGGAACUGUGUAAGAUACAUGGCUUGAUCAAUGUACUCCGCAAAGGCAAUGGAGGUUCAGAUGAUUGUGAGGUGAUGGGACCACCUAAUUGCCUUAAACCACAGCAGUUUGAAGCAUAUGAGGAAUUCUAUAGAAAUGGUAGUGUUAAGUUGAAUGGUGUGCUGAAAUCUGUAAUGAAUAUUGUGGAAAGUAACCGGUCUUUGUAUGAGGCUAAUGCUGAACCCAUAGACGAAGCUGAAGAAAUGUUACAAAAGUUUGGUCCACUGGAAGAUGCUUGGGCAUUAAUAGCUCCAGAAAGUGAACAGGAAAGACUUGAAUGCAAUGCACAGAAACAACCACAAGAAGAAGAUAGUGAGAAUGAGUGUGAUAUUCCUGAUUUGAAAUCUAAUCAAGAUAAUGAUAGGAAAAGUACUAUUGAACCACAUUCACUGAAAGUUUCCAAACAAGAAGCGAUGAGUAUGUUAAGGUGUCUGAAUGUCAAACAGAGACAAGUUUUCUAUAAAGUGAGACGGUGGUGUUUGGAUAAAAUCAGUGGUAGAAAUCCAGAAGCAUUUCAUGUAUUUGUGACAGGUGGAGCAGGUACAGGAAAGAGCCAUUUGAUUAAAUGUAUUUACUAUGAAGCAACAAGACUAUUUGGAAGAAUGAUGGAGAUUCCGGAUGAUAUAUCAGUUCUGCUUAUGGCGCCUACAGGUGUUGCUGCAUAUAAUAUCCAUGGUGCUACCAUCCAUAGUGCUUUGUCAAUUUCAACAAAUGUGAGAUUGCCGUAUCAACCACUGAGUGAAGAAAAGAUCAGUACACUUAGGCAUAAAUUAAGGCAACUACAAAUAGUAAUUAUUGAUGAAAUUUCAAUGGUUGAUCAAAAACUGUUGCACUAUAUUCAUGGUCGUCUUCGACAGGUCAAACAAUCUCGUAAUCAUAAUCCUUUUGGGAAUGUGAGCGUAAUUGCUGUUGGUGAUUUUUAUCAAUUGCCCCCUGUGAAAGGAAAAUCUUUGUACCAGAUUGAUGUAACAGGUGAUUUGUGGAAUGAUAACUUUGUCAAAGUGGAACUGACUGAGAUUAUGAGGCAAAAGGAAGAUGCGCAGUUUGCUGAACUUUUAAACAGGUUGCGUGUAAGAAAGAAGAAAGAGCAGUUAGAAAGUGAAGAUGUUGCUUUGCUAAAAUCACGUGAAACUGGAGAAGAUUGGACCGAUGCUCUGCAUAUUUAUGCUUGCAAUAAACAGGUGGAUGAGUAUAAUAGACAGACUCUUUUUGUGAAGUGUUCAGAAUGCGUAUGUGUUCUUGCUAAAGAUUUCCAGAAAGAUGCAAAAAGUGGGAAAAUGAUACCUGCAGUGAAAUCAGUAAAGAAAUCGUCACGUACAAAUUUAUCUGACUGCUUGUGGCUUGGUGUUGGUGCUAGAGUCAUGCUUACAAGGAAUCUUGAUGUAUCUGAUGGACUUGUUAAUGGAGUAUUUGCAACUGUCUCUGAAAUAGUGAUGUUACCGAAUGAACACUCGCCAAAGAUUGUGAAAGUUAAGUUUGAUAAUGAGAAGGUUGGAGCAAAAUUGAAGAAGCAGUCCACUGGUAAUUCUACAGAUGUAGUUUGUAUUGAAAUGGUAGAAGACAAUGUGACUCAGGUCUUUGUGAGACACCAGUUCCCUCUUAAGUUAGCUUGGGCAUGUACAUCUCACAAGGUUCAAGGAAUGACUACAGAAAAGGCUGUUGUAUGUUUAGAACAUACUUUUUCAGCAGGACAAGCUUAUGUUAGUUUGAGCAGAGUGGUGUCAUUAAAUGGCUUAAUAAUCGAAGGAUUUGAUGAAAAAUUUAUUUACUGCAAUGAAAAAGUGGCUGAGGCAAUAAGCGAAAUGCCAUUAUACAUUGAUAAUGAAAAAAGCAAUGAUAGUGUUGAUGAAAUUGAACUUGCAAGGUACGGUGGAACCUAUUGUACAAGCAUUGCAAUGCAUAACAUUCAAGGUCUUCAAGCACAUUUUGUGGAUUUGAAGAGAAACAAGGAAAUGUUGUCAUGUGAUUUCAUAUGUCUGACAGAAACAUGGAGUGAUGGAGACUUCGAUUGUGAUAUGGAUUUGAGUGAUUACAAAUGGUAUCAUCAGCCAAGAUGUAUGUCGUAUGAUAACACUAGUCGUGUUACACAUAUGUUGAAAGAACAGUGCCAUGGAGGUGUAGCUGUAUGUGGCAAGAAAGACAGACUGUUUAGUAGGCUAAACUUACCAGUCCACAACCUAGAAUACAUUGCAUUUCAGAUAAUUUCUAAAGUGUCAGUAGCCAUUGUGAUCAUUUAUCGACCAGCUUCACAUGUUCUAAAUGAAUUUCUACCAAUUUUUCAAAUGUUGCUGAAUGAGCUACAUAAGGUGUCAAACAAGUGCAUUGUCAUGGGUGAUUUCAAUGAAGAUAUCAUGAAACAGUCUUCUGUUCAGAAAGUGAUGCAUGAUCAUGGAUAUAAGCAAUGUGUGACUGAAGCUACUACUGAGAAUGGCACUUUACUUGAUCAUGUUUAUGUCAGGAACAUAGACGUCAUUGAAACUUAUGUGAGCCCAACAUAUUACAGCUACCGUGAAGCAGUGAUACUUAAAUUGUGA